CAGCAGUUGGAAUGAGCAGCUGUUGCUGUCCCUCAGUCAUAUUGCAUCAGAGAAGGCUUUUAAGCAUGCCCAGAGAGAGCUAGAAAUGUUGGGUGGAGUAGAGGUGGUUGGGCAAGAAGCUGGGAAAGGGUGCCAGCAAACAGCCUGCUUGAGAUCUGGAUCCAAUGCGAGACUAGUUCCACAGUGACCCAAAUCCAAAGGACUUCAUCAGGGACCACAAAUCAAGAACGGCAGUUGGCUGCUGUAGAUUUUCUGUUUGGGGCGUUCUUGCCCUCCAUGCUUGGACUCCUUCAAACAUGGAGACUCAACAGCAAAGGGUCAUGAAGGAGGACUCCAAGACCAAGGAAGAAGGUGCUGCUGUGGAUGCAGAGCUAGCCAAAGCCAUAAUGGCUCGCUGUUUCCACCCCUCCAUCAUGGGCCCGGAGGCCUGGGAGGGAUACAUCUUUUCUGAUCUGGAAAUCCGUAUCAAAGAGUCCACAGACCUCUAUGGAGCUGUACUCUGGCCCUCGGCGAUGGUGUUGUGUCAUUUCUUAGAGACCAACCGAGACAAACACAACCUGACGGACAAAAAUGUGAUUGAACUGGGUGCUGGAACUGGGCUCGUCUCCAUUGUAUCCAGCCUGUUAGGUUCUAAGGUGACCUCCACUGACCUGCCAGAUGUUUUGGGGAACCUCCAGUACAAUGUCAUGCGCAACACCAGGGACAGAUGCAAGUACAUCCCUGUGGUCACAGAGCUCAUCUGGGGUCCGGAGGUGGAGCAGCGUUUCCCCCGUGCCACACAUUGUUUCGACUACAUCCUGGCAGCUGAUGUGGUGUACUCCCAUCCUUACCUGGAGGAGCUGAUGGACACUUUUGACUACCUGUGCCAGGAAAACACACAGAUCCUGUGGGCCAUGCGUUUUCGUCUGGACCCAGAGAACAGCUUCGUUGACCGCUUUCGGCAACGCUUCCACAUGGAGGAGCUGUACGACCUCCCCAGUCUGAGUAUCAAACUGUACAGAGCCUGGAGGAAGGACAAGAGGACUAAAGACCAGGGACAGGCUGCUGCCUAACACAAUGUAUAUUCAUUGUUUGUGUGUUUUUGUGUGAGUGUUUCUGUGACUGCAGAAUUAGGUCAAAUGUAUAAAUUGUGUUACGGAAUGGGAAUCUUUAAUUUAUUCUGUGUAAUGUUUUCAUGGAUCUCUUGUGCAAAUGUCUAAAUGUCUCUUUUACAUAAAGACUUUAUGAUGUUUGUAGUUUCAUAUGCCAGAAUAUCACAAUCUCAAAUUGUCAUCCAUGUUUUUACACAUUGUUAGUAUAUUAUUUACUGUAUUAACUGGUGUAUUUAUCUACUAGAAACAUUUAAAUAUAAUGCAAUACUAAUUAACACCACAACCUCCAAAAUGACCAAUGAAUUCAAUCUGACACGCUGUCAACAAAAGCUGAACAGUCUUAUUUAUUGCUCAUCUGAUCAUUUUAGUGAUCUCUGAUAAACUGGCAACUCUGUAUGUUUUGAUGCACCUAAGGCUUUUCCAUGUUUAGUAAGUGGGCAUUUUGGAUUUUUCACCCUAAUCAUGACAUCAAUGCUCCAAAUGCUGUUUUCUUUUAGGUCAUAUUGGUCAAGAAGCACCUCUGCAGGAUCAAAAUGAUAUCUUUUUUUGAAGCUGGUUGUCAUUCAACAGCAGCACAGACUUACACUUCAGAUCUUGGCUGACGAUGUUGUUUUGUUCCAGUCAGCUCACAGCUCUGAUGAUGUGGGCGAACAUGGCUCUGGAUUUUUCAAGUGGAUUUCGGAUGAGCUAGUGGAUCUUAUUUAGGAGGUCUGUUGCUGUUUGACUUCACAUGGACAUUAUGAUCAGGUUUUAUUAUCGUUGCCAGUUUUAACAAGGACAGGAGAAGCAUACUAUUUAUUUCAGGAUCUCAACUGUUGAAUGGAUUGCCUGUACUGUUGGAUCAAGUCACUGAUGGUUCUCUUAAGAUGAAUCCUCUGGGGGCCGUGAAUGACUGGAGCGUUAACCUGAUAAUGUUAACAGGCAGCAGCAAGCAAAGCUGAGCAGAGCUUUGAAGUACAACUGAGGCUGGUGAUUGUUUAGCAGGUCAGACAACGUAGAGCUGAACCUGACAAGUGAAGUCUGGGAUGUCCUGAUGCAACUACUGUUUUGAUUCACUUUCACCACUUUCAUAGCGUCAUUUUCAGCUAAAAAGCUCUAAAAGCAAAUUACUGUACACUACCUGCUCAGCACCAAACAGCAGACAGAUCCAGUUAGAGACUUGCUGGUGAACCUAGUGGAGCAUUUAGCAGCUAAAGCUCCAGAUAUUUCCUUAAAGAGUUGGUAGGGACCAAAAACAGAGCUAAAAGGAGAGUGAAUAUUGGACUCACAUUCAUCAGGUGGCCACAAACUCAACUCCAAAUGAAUGAUAAUGUUGCUCUGUAACUGCUGGAUGUGUAAAUAAGCAUCUGUUUGCAUAGCAACUUAAAAGAUGUAAUAUCAGUGUUGUGUUCACAGCUGGUUCCUACUGCCCCCAAGUGGCAGAGAAAUUGGUUAUUACAGGUCUGAUGUUUGACUUGAUGGUUGAUGCUAGAAUGAAUGGUCCAAAAGGACGGGCAAAGGCAUGGCCCGCCUCUGAUGGGUUGAUACAUUGGUUAGGUUUAUGCAUGAGGAGUGAGAUUGGUUAAGGUUAGGGUAAGAAUAUCAGGGUAAGCCAAUCAGAGGCAAUGACAUUUUAUAGUUGGGACAGUAACAUAUAUAAAAGCACAACAAUGUUGUUGUUAAAAUGCAAAACAAUAUAUUGUAUUUAUUAUUUUCAGACUUUAAUGUUCAUCACCACUUCAUGAUGGGGCAUAAAAAAAAUGAAAAUAGUAUGAGGUCUUCCCUUUCCAUCAUACAUAGGCCUACAGUCAUAAUCAAUAUUUAGUAUAGUUUAAUAUAAACAAUCACACUGCCGCUGCACAUUUAAAAAUCAAUGUACAAACAUCUUCCAUUAAUCAAAUACUAUAUAAAUCCAACAAAUGUAAUCAUUAUUUGCAACAUUUAUGUUUACACCUGGAUGAGACUUAUUUGGGUAAUAUUUCACCAGCAAAACACUUUAAAGAGGUCAAAUAAAGAAAGAGAGGUCCUCCAUAUUGGGCUGCUUCAGUAAGAUGAGUCGCACACAAACUUAGCAUGUUUUGGAAACUCACCAGUUAGCUUGAUUAUCUUGGAACGAGUAAGUUCAAGUCACCUGCUAUAAAUAUGACCUAUCUGAUAUCUAAGUCAUGAUUCCAAAUCCUCCAACAUUUUCUGUCCUGCCAUUCCUUGUCUUUUUGCCCGUGUGAUGGAUGUGUGUUUGGCUGCAGGAACACAAGCUGGAUUAAAGAGGAACCAGAGGGACUAUCUAAGCUGGUUGCACUGUGUAUCAUUGUCAAGCCAAACAAAUACUCAACUGUUGAAGACUGCGACCCUAAAGAGGUAUCGGUUAACUUUAGCACUCUUUCAACAGUCUCUUGAUAAAAUACAACCUUUCAUUGAGAGACAGAGCUGAAAUGCUGCCUCGCAUCAAAAAACUUGUUUCUUUUAUUUCAAUAAGGCUGCUCUACAUUAACCCUUGCUGAGGUUAGGGAUGGAUUUCAAGUUUUGGGAUGAUGAGUGGAUUUAGAAUGAUGAUAUCUGAAACUGGGAGGUGAUACUUCAUGGCCAAGGCUGAAUGUAAUGUUAAUACAUGGGUUUUGCAUGCCAGCUUGAUCCUGUUGCCUCCCAUCUCUGGUAAAGCAAUUGAGGUUGUUGCAGGUAAAACAAGCAAGCUGUGUGUGUGUGUGUAUGUGUGUGUGUGUGUGUGUGUGUGUGUGUGUGUGUGUGUGUGUGUGUGUGUG